GAAUAUGAAUCGGGAUGGACAAGCACUUCAAAGAAACUCUUCUGGAGAACAACUUCCCCGUUAUCCUCGCCGUCCUCAGUAUCUAGUACAACGACUUCUACGGCGCUCAAACUCAUGUCCUUCCCCCUUACGACCAGGACUUGCGCAAGUUCACCGAUUACUUCCAACAAGGCGAUAUAGAGUCCAACGGUAUAUCGGUCACCAAGUCCGGCAAGUGGUCGAUUAUCAGACUGGACCCAUCAUUUGGGGUACGGCGGGUACGAACGGCCAACACCCGUUCUACCAACUCCUAUAUCAAGGAACAAAACUCGUCCCUGCAGACUUCCUUACUCCCUGAGCGUUCCACAACCCUAUUGACCAUUCUAAACACCACCGUACCCUGCUCUCCAACUAUUUUGCGCAACUCGAGGCGCUGGCGUUUGGCAAGACCGAAGAAGAGGUUCGUAAAGAGCUCGGCCCCAAUGUGAGGGAGUAGGUCGUGAAGAGUAAAGUGUUCGAGAGGAACCGCCCGAGCGACGGUAUUUUGUUCCCGUUGUUGACGCCGAGAACGCUCGGCGCGUUGAUUGUGCCGAGCGAACAUAAGAUCUUCACGCGGGGCGUUAUCUGGGGUAUCAACUCCUUCGAUCAAAUGGGUGUUGAACUUGG